AGCUCACCUGUUGGCUGUUCUGCUGCCGUGGGGCGUUCAGGUACUCAAACUCGCCUACAACGUUCAAAGAGACAAAAUGGAGUUGAAACUACCUGGCUGAGGAAAAGUGAAUAUUAAUAUAUGCGCUGAAUAUUAUGCACAAGCAGAAAUUGUAUUUGGGUAUCUAAGGAUAUAAUAAUCAAAUACGUCGACUGAAACCUUGAGGGAAGAGGAAUAAAAAUGUUCUGGACGGUAAUCAUCGCCGCUUUAGUGGCAACAGAGUCCACCAUGGCCAUCUCCGUCCAGUGCCCCACCAAGAGGUACAUCGUCAUCCUCUUUCAGCCCGUCACCCUCACCUGCACUUACCAGACAACCGCCAACCAGCCUCCUGUUGUCACUUGGAAGUACAAAUCAUAUUGCCGGGACCCCAUCCAGGCUGCGUUUAAUCCCAGCAGUGCGGAGUCCAUUUUGUCUCAAAACAACCCCAACUAUGACCCCAACAUCGAGUGUGCCGAUUCCCAGAGGACGGUGCAAAUAGUGGCCUCCAAACAAAACACUGCGGUAACCCUCGGUGCAGAAUACCAGGGGCGCAAGAUCAGCAUCCUGAACAAUGCAGACCUGAAUAUUGCACAGACGGCAUGGGGCGACAGCGGUGUCUACGUCUGUUCUGUGGUCUCCUCCCAGGACCUUUCAGGAAACGGGGAAGACUACACAGAGCUAAUUGUUCUUGAGAGAAAGUCAAAUACUACUGACCUGCUGCCUGGUAUUGACUUGCUGGUUAUGGAAGACUGGCUCCUGGUUGUUUUGGUGGUGUUUGGAUUCUUAUUGCUGCUGCUCCUGAUCGGGAUCUGCUGGUGUCAGUGCUGUCCGCACACCUGCUGCUGCUACAUCAGCUGCCCCUGCUGCCCCGAACGCUGCUGCUGCCCACGAGCGUUGUACGAGGCUGGAAAAGCAGUGAAGAAAGGGGGAAUUCCCAUGAGUCAGUAUGCUCCCACGCUCUAUGCUCCCAGUAUGUAUGCCCAGCCAGCAUAUGGUCAGCCUGGUAUGCCCAUGCUUCCUCUACCCAACGGAGCCGGGCACCCCCCUCCCCAUAACGGUUACAGUCGUGAAUACGAUGGAGCCAGCUCGGUUGGACAGGGCUCCCAGGUGCCUCUGCUGCAUGACCAAGACCAAGGAGACCCCACUCGCAGUGGGUACCGUAUCCAGGUAGACCCCGAUGGUAAUGCCACACGUGCCAUUUAUUAUAUGGAAAGGGAGCUGGCCAACAUGGACCCAUCCAGACCCGGAAACUACAACCGCUUGGAUAAUAUGACCGAAGUCAGUUCCCUGCACGACGGCCUGGACUCUCGAAACCGCGGGGGUCGCUCCCAGCCCCCACCUCUGGCCACGGUCUACGACAGGGAUGAAGCCAUGAGCACUAUCAGCAGUGUUUCCCAGCAAGGCCAGCGCCGUGACAACUACUCGCGUCAAGGUGCAGGGUACAUGGCGGACCGCGUACGUGCGCGCUCCAUGGACAACCUUGACGACAUCGGACGGCGCUACGGCCGCGAUGACCCCCCGCCCCGGCGCCCAGAGGAGUUCAGAGGCAGGAGAGGCUCGGACGAUGGCUGGAGCAGCAGUGCCCGAAGUGGCAACACCCGCGACUUUGACGACCGCCGGCGCCGUGACUACUCUCCUGAAGACCGUGGGAGAGGAGAGGGAAGGGGUUAUGGUGGCCUCCCAGGGAGACGCAGUCGCAGCCGUGACGACCUCAUGGCCCUGGAGAGAGAUCGCCGCCCUGAGGGAGACGCCAGGGGGAGGCGAGAGGACUAUGAUGACAACUUCCUGCGAGAAGCCUUGGAGAGGAAGAAGAUGGGCGAGCAGCAGAGGGCGCGCAGCCGGGAGCGACUGGACAGCGCGAGCGACCGCUCCGAUAGGGGGAGAGCACCACGAGGGCCCCCACCACUUCCUCAGAUCCCGCCCUCCGGACCCCACGGUCGCCGUGAUGAUUACCCACCUCCUCCACUGCCACCAUACAGUGACGAUGAAAGCAUGUCAUCCUCAAAGAAAAGCAACCUCCGCAAGAAUGGAGCUGUGAGUCGGGAGAGCCUUGUGGUGUAAAACCAACAUUAAGGAGCAACCUGUCUGAUAACACAGCUCUGGACCAGUGGAUUUCUAAGACUGUAUAUAUUACUUACACUGCUAAUUUACUGUGCUGAUUUGUAUAUCGCAUAAUUUACACUAAACUAAAAUGCUGAAUGUAUAUGUAUACUUCUUAGGAAAGAGGUGCACGGAUGAAAUGUGCCUUUUUAUGUAUUAAACAUUGUGGCUGCCACAAGUGCCUUAGACUGUACAGAAUUUAACUUGUAGGUGUGAAAGUCAAGUUGAUAAACAAUUCUCUGUAAAUGUGUUUACAUCUUGACAAGUAAACAUGUUCGGUUCCAACUUUUAAUGUUUUUCCUUUGUUGUGUACUGAUUUAGAUGUGUGGCUUUUUACUUGUGAUACAUGAAUUGUUUUUAUAAGAAAAAUAAUGUAAAUUUAAAGGAAUUCAUUUUAUUUUUGCUUUUAGUUGUGUUUGUGUGCUCAAUGUAUUUAGACAUCUGUUGAACAAAACUGUCUUGGUAAGAAUUUGUGUUUGGUUUUAUUUUUUCUACACAAGAUUUCAGUUUUAACCUGCAGUAUGUUGUACAGCCAACCAGUAAUCCUCUCUGAAAACCCAAAUGUUUAUCGUGAUGUGAUGAAACCUAAUUUUACAAUAAAGGUCUUUAUUGCCA